UAUGGGCUUCUCUACGGCCCAUUUGGCAAAAACCUAGGGUUUCCCUUCCCCUUUCCUAUAAAAAGAGAUGCAGCCUCCCUUUUUGCCUCAUCACAAAUCUGAAGCGAAGCUCUGCAGAGAAUUCCCGGAGGCCGAAAACCCUAGCCGUCGAGCUCUCUCCCCUUCUAUCCUGCGCCGCCUCUCUCUCUUCUCCCUCUCUCCCGCGCGUCGCUCUCUCUCUCUCUCUCCUCGCCGACACCCCCUCUCUCUCCUCGCCGUCGCACGCUCUCUCUCUCUCUCCCUCUCGCCGGCGCCUUGAAGUGGUGGUGGUGACCAGAUCUCAACCUUCUUAAAUCCGUGUUUACAGAUCCAGAUCUAGACUAAGGUGGAGUGUCUUGAACCCAUCUUGUUCUCAUGUACUGUAUACUCCUUUAUGUUGGAGUUAGGGUUGAUUAGACCCUGUUUGAAAGCUAGGAUGAUAGAUCAUGAUUAUUGCUAGGAUGUUAGAUGAAUGGAACACGAUGCAUAAGAACCCUCAUAUUGUUAAAUGGGACUUAGUAAACUGAAAUGGAGUUGUGGUAGCGAUGAUUGAUUGGUAAUUUAUGCUUGUAUGUUUGGAUGUGUAGUCCCAUGAGUGGUUUGUGAUUAAAGCUAGGAUGCUAGAGAGAAAUGAAUGCUAACCUGAUAGAUGAGUAAUGAUUAUUAAUGUUAUUGAAGUAGAACUUGAGUGUAAUGUGUAUUGUGUGUGGCACCGAUAACGGGUGGCGUCUAGUGAAUGAGUCCAAGUACAAGUUUAAAUGAAAAGGAAAGCGAAUGAGAAUGGGAAGGGAUAAGUGAAAAUGAUAAGGAUGUGAAAGGAUAAGUAAAAGUAUGAGAGAAUGAUGUUAAGGUUAAGCAUGGGUGGGAAAGCAUAUAGAGGGUCUAAGGAAAGUAUGUGGGGUAGUAGUCCACGCUAGGUAUCCAUAGGAGAUGUGGCCAAUCCACAAGAAUAUGGAAGCACCCAUAGGAGAUGUGGCCAAUCCACAAGAAUAUGGGGUAGAAGCCUAGUUGGGGCUACCCACUGUUGAAAAGGACGAAAAGAUGAAAAGGAUGUGCAUUGUAGGGUUUUUAGCUCAUGGUCGGGUAACAGGGAGUUAAAGGUGUCAUAGGAUCGAGUCGGACUGGUAUAAUGAGUCGGUUAAGCCUAGGGUUUGACGUGUGUGGCAAUGAGUGAGAUCAUUGUAUUGAUUGAUCACUAGGUUGUUAGAAAUGAAUGGAAGUGAAUGUGGAAAAUCAAUAGAUGACGUUAGGAAAUGAUAAAAUGCAUUAACUGAUUGUAGUGGCUAGUCAGUCCUAGUUCCCGCAUAGAGUAGUAUAGAGUGUCAUGCGGGCAGGCUGGUCUAGAGUCACUUCACUGAGUAACUUGUUGCUCAUCCCUCCCUUUCCAUUUCCCUGUCCGCAGGACUAUAAGUAGAAGUAUAUGGAUGUGGGUGGGACGGUAUUUCAAAGAAGGUUAUGUGUCCGCCGACUCUUGGGACUAGUAACGGGACACGUAGUGUUGUCUAAAUGAGUAGACACGUGUCCAUAACGCCCUUUCGAUAACCCCGGUCGGACGCCGGGGAAUCGGGCCGUUACACGAUGGCUAUAGACAUGGGAGCCACCAUGGACACGUACCCUCCGUCUCACGGAAGAUUCAGAGAUGACUAUAUCAGCUUUUUCCAACCGGUGAUAGGUUUCUUGGUAAGCAAGCAAUCUCCUCUGCUCUUGAAUAGCUACCCUUACUUCAGCUACAAGGAUGACAUGAAAGACAUCCCUCUAGAGUACGCUCUAUUCAAACCGACCCCUCCAGUCAUUGAUGGGCAGUACUCUUACCAUAACCUCUUCGACGCCCAACUUGACGCGGUCUACGCAGCAUUGGAGAAAUCAGGGGGAGGAUCGUUGGAAGUCGUGGUGUCUGAGAGCGGUUGGCCAACGCAGGGAGGACCUGGGACUAGCGUGGAGAAUGCAAUGGCUUAUGCUAAUAAUUUGAUACAACACGUGAAGAGUGGAACUCCGAGAAAGCCAGGGAAAGCUAUAGAGACUUAUAUAUUCGCUAUGUUUGAUGAGAAUCAGAAGGGUCCUCCUGAGCUUGAGAAGUUCUGGGGGAUGUUUCUUCCUAGUCAACAGCCUAAGUAUGAUGUUAAUUUCAACUAAUAAAAUAAUGGUAAUAGUUAUAAUAAUUCAAAAUAAUAUCCUUAUAGAAGUAAUGCUAUUCCAGAACUGAAAUCGACCCCAA